UUGAAUAAAAAUGCCCCUCGUCGUCCAUUCAUACGUUAUAAAAAAGGGCCGAAUCCGGACGUACACUAAGAACAAACUGGGACUCCACUUGAAGAAUGGCAUCUCAUAGAUCAUAUGGCAGUCCUUUUGUUUUUCUGAUCCUCUGUAUCUUUCGUCUACUGGCUUGCACAGCUAUUACUGUAGAUUCCCAUGUAAAUCUCUCGUACGUACACACACAAAACUGGUUGAAUCAUGGCGGAGACUUGUAUAACAGAAGAUAUGCCAACAAGGAGACCAAGAUCAGCCCUGCAACUGUUUCCAAGCUCCAACUGAAGUGGAAAUUCUACGCAGGCAAAGACAUUACUGCAACACCGGCAAUUUUCAAUGGUACCCUUUAUUUCCCAAGCUGGAACGGCUACAUCUACGCCGUCAAAACAUCCGAUGGAUCACUUGUAUGGAAGAAGAACUUGCAGACAUUAACAGGCCUUAACGCAACGGGUUUUGUACCAAAUGUGAACUGGACAGUAUCAAGAUCAACGCCAACGAUUGCUGGGGACCUGCUCAUCAUUGGAAUCUAUGGACCAGCUGUUGUUAUAGCCGUUAAAAGGUCAACUGGAAAGCUUGUUUGGUCAACCCAGCUUGACGGCCAUGUCUCAGGAGUCAUCACCAUGUCCGGAACUUAUUACAAAGGUGGUUUCUAUGUUGGUACAUCUUCACUAGAAGAAGGUCUUAGCAUCGAACAAUGCUGCACCUUUCGGGGCAGCUUUUCCAAAUUAGAUGCCUGUUCAGGCAAGAUCUUGUGGCAGACCUUUAUGUUGCCAGAUAACAACAACAAGAUUGGAGAAUAUGCUGGGGCUGCUAUUUGGGGAAGCAGCCCAUCAAUUGAUGUCUCAAGAAACCAUGUCUACAUCGCCACUGGGAACUUAUACUCAGUUCCUCUAAAUAUAAGCCAAUGUCAGGAAAAGGAGAACAAUCAAACGGUACCAACUCACCCAGACGAGUGUGUGGAGCCCGAUACCCACUCAGAAUCAAUCCUGGCGCUUGAUCUAGAAUCUGGCAAGAUAAAAUGGUUUCACCAACUAGGAGGUUAUGAUGUUUGGUUCAUUGCAUGUAACAAUCUUUCGACCCCUAAUUGUCCACCAGCAGGCCCUAACCCAGAUGCAGAUUUCGGGGAGGCACCACUUAUGCUUAGCAUAAAGAGGAAUAAAACCAAAAUAGAUAUUGUUGCUGCUGUUCAAAAAAGUGGAUUUGCAUGGGCUUUGGAUCGCAAUAAUGGCAACCUCAUCUGGUCCACAGAAGCUGGACCUGGUGGCCUUUUGGGAGGGGGUACCUGGGGAUCAGCCACUGAUAAUAAAAGGUUAUACACAAACAUUGCUAACUCUAACCGCAAGAACUUCACUCUCAAACCUUCCGAGAAAACCACAACCGCUGGUGGAUGGGUGGCAAUGGAUACUAACAAUGGCAAAAUCCUAUGGUCCACGGCCAAUCCUGGCAAUGCCACCUCCGCUGGUCCUGUUACUGUGGCUAAUGGGUUGCUCUUUGCAGGAUCCACAAACCCAAAAGGACCCAUCUACGCAAUGGACGUCAAAACUGGAGAUAUUCUGUGGUCUUAUGAAACUGGAGCCACCGUGUAUGGUGGCAUGUCGGUGAGUGAUGGAUGUGUAUAUGUUGGCAACGGAUACGUGAUUCUUGGUGCUUUUAAUCCAUCCUUCACUGCUGGAACGUCACUCUUUGCCUUUUGCCUCUCUCAUGAAUACUAGUAGAGUAUUUAUAUAAACAUGCUAUACUAAGCUGAGGCAUAAAAACGAUUAUCUUCAAUCCGGUCCGGGCUCAAAAUAAAAUGUGGACUAUGAAUAUGGAUAUAUUAUGACACAUAAUGGAUGCACUUUUUUAGUUAGUCUUUUCUUUUAGAGGUUGUGCAUGUCCUUAAUUAUUUCUUUUAAAUAUUUCUCAUGAUGUAAAGUUCCUUGCAUAUAUGGUUCAAACUUCUGACGAUAUGGAUAGCAAGGAAAUGUGAACUAUGUGUAAUUACACUUUGGUACAGCUUUCUUAGGGAAUUCAAUAGCAAAUUAAUUA